AUGCCCUCCGAAUUCAGCAUCCUCACCCCCAAUGCCAUGCUCGGCUACGGCUACCGAGCCGAGCACUUUUGGCACGGGAUUGAAACAUUCUCGCCAAAGGCCAUCAUCGUCGACAGCGGGUCCACAGAUGGUGGUCCCUACAAACUCGGCCUGAACAAAAUGACAUGCGGUCGGGAAUCUUACAUUCGAGAUCUCACGCCGAUUCUGCAGGCGUGCUAUCAUAAGAAGAUCCAGGUCCUUGUUGGCUCUGCUGGUGGCGAUGGGAGCGAUAGCCAUGUGGAGGAGAUGUUGGGGAUUGUAAGGGAGAUUGCGGAUAAGGAGGGUUUUUCAUUCAAGGUUGCGACGAUCAAUGCGGGCUUUACUAGGGAUUUGCUCACUGAGCGGAUUGGGAAUGGGGAGGUCAGUCCGUGUGGGCCUGUGGAGGAGUUGACGGCCGAGAGUGCAGAGAGGGCGAUUGAUAUUGUUGCCCAGAUGGGCGCAGAGCCAUACCUCAAGGCUCUCCAGUCGAGUCCGGACAUCAUCCUCGGCGGCCGCUCAUACGACCCGGCCCCCUUCGCUGCCUUCUCAAUGUACCACGGCGUAGAGCCCGGUGUCGCAUGGCACAUGGGCAAGAUCAUGGAAUGCGGCGGAAUCUGUGCGGUGCCCAAGGGACGAUCGAUGAUCGCGACGAUGCGCAGGGACUCGUUCGACCUCACCCCACUGGCUCCCAAAGAACGAUGCACUCCCCUCUCCGUCGCCGCACACACGCUCUAUGAGAAGACCCGGCCGGAUCGACUCCCAGGUCCUGGUGGUGUUCUCGUGCUGGACAGCGCAUCGUACGAGCAGUUGACAGAAAAGACUGUGCGCGUCAGCGGCGCAGAGUUCAUCCCCAGCUCCGUCUACCAAGUCAAGCUGGAAGGCGUUGAGACGCUCGGAUACCGCACAAUCUUCAUCGGCGGCAUCCGAGAUCCAAUCCUCAUCGGCCAAAUCGACCAAUUCCUAGCAGAGGUGCGAGCGUAUACACAAAAGCUCUUCCCGGAGCUUGACCAGUCGCCUCAGUGCCGACUCAUCUUCCAUUUCUACGGUCGCAAUGGCACGAUGGGCCCGAUUGAGCCGAAUCCAGUGGCGGGACAUGAACUUGGGAUUCUCGGGGAGGUCGUUGCGCCGACGCAGGAAUUGUCGUAUACUAUUGCGAAUAAUGCUCGUGCGUCCAUUCUGCAUAUGCCAUAUACCGACCAGGUUGCCACGACAGGGAAUUUUGCUUCUCCACUCUCGCCACAUGAGACGCCAGCUGGGCCUGUUUUUCGGUUUAAUGUGUAUCACCUUGUGAAUCUACAAAAGGGUGAAGAGGUGUCGUUGUUCCCAAUCAGCGUGACUACUAUCGAGAAUGAACCUCGCGACACGGCGUGCCCUGGCCUUGCGGACGAGGAAAGAGCACAGCUGGCCUCGGAACCGCUACAACCACUGAUGAUAAAGGCCAUUCCGCAGGAAGAGUGCAAGAUGCUCGACAUCGCCAAGAUCAUCCGGUCGAAAAACUCCGGGCCGUUUGAACUGACGUUUGAUAUCAUGUUUGACACCGAAGAAGCGUACCGACGAGUCAAGAACGCGAAUAUCUUGACCAACGCACGGAUCAUGGAGCUUUAUCACCUCCAGGGCGAGGACAUUAUCACAAACAUGUUCUUCGAGCCCGCGCUGGCAUGGAAGUGCACGAUCAAACGUCCCUGGGAGCAGGGCACUGUUGGCGAGCGCGACACGCUGGGAACCCAACAGCAUGGUCCGUUGCUGAGCAUCACUGUUCCCAAGGUAAGCAGCGACAGUCUGAUAUCUCGGGCCUCAUUCUCUGCGAAAGACAGCGUGGGGUACAUCUGGACGACCCUCGGCCUCCCAGCCGCAUCCCUCGGCCAAUUGCGUCUCCCUGGUAAAGGGCAGGGCCUCCCCUCCUCGUUCAAGAUUGCGCAUCUAGCCCAAGCCUCCAUCGGGCUUUCGGCCCUCCUCGCUGCGCAGAUUCACGCCCUGAGAAACUCUAUCCCAGUCCCGGCCGUCACAGUCCCUCUGGAACACGCAGCAGUCGAGUUCAAAUCUGAACGCCUCUAUACACUGGCCGGCAAACCUGCACCCUCACCCUGGGGCCCCAUCGGAGGCCUUCACAAAGCGGCCGACGGCUAUGUUCGGCUUCACGACUCCUUUCCUAACCACCGAGACGGCGCAAAGACGCUGCUCGGCUGCUCACCAGACGCCACUCGCGACGAGAUUUCAUCCAAGAUCUCCGCGUGGCGCGCAGUCGACCUUGAGUCCGCUGCCUUCAACUCCAAACUUGUCAUCUCCGCCCUCCGCAGCUACAGCGAGUGGGACGUCCUCCCGCACGCAAAGGCAAUCUCCGACUUCCCCAUCCUCCUCCGCAAAUUGUGCGAUGGGCCAAAGGGCCUCCCAGCCACAAUGCAAUCCCUCAACGCAGACAAAGCCCUCCGCGGCCUGCGCGUCCUCGAACUCUCCCGCGUCAUAGCAGCCCCGCUCUCGGGUAAGACCCUCGCAGCCCACGGCGCCGACGUCCUCUGGGUGACAAGCCCCAACCUCCCCGACCUCCCAACAAUGGACCGCGACUUUGGCCGGGGCAAACGAACCAUUCACAUCGAUCUUGAUGACCCCUCAGGACGCGAAGAUUUGACCAGCCUCCUCGACGACGCCCACGUCUUCACACAGGGGUUUCGACCCGGCAGCCUCGCCUCGCACGGCCUCUCACCAGAUGAAUUGGCAAAGCGCUACGCGCACCGCAACAUCAUCUGCGCAAACAUGUCUGCUUACGGUCCCACGGGCCCCUGGUCCUCAAACCGGGGCUUCGACUCGCUCAUCCAAACCUGCAGCGGCAUGAACGUUAGCGAAGCGCAGCACUUUGGUGCCGGCGAGGUAGCCCGCCCAACGCCCUGCCAGGCCCUCGACCACGCGGGUGGAUAUUUCCUCGCCGCGGGGAUUAUGGCUGCGCUCUAUAGGCAGGCGACGGAGGGCGGGAGUUGGGAGGUGGAUGUUUCCCUCGCGGGGGUGAUGAAGUAUUUGCGGUCGUUGGGGCAGUUUGGGGGGAGGAGUGGGUUUGAGAGCAGGGAUUAUUGUUCUACAAAGGAUGUGCCGGCAGAGUACUUGGAGACGAGGGAUACGGGGUUUGGGGAGAUGGUUGCUGUUCGGCAUUCGGCGAAUAUCCAAGGUCUGCAAGUCGGGUGGGACGUUAUGCCGAAGCCAUUGGGCACGGACAGGAAGGAGUGGUUGGAUGUGUAA